AUGGGCGCAUGGAAGGAGCUCCGGCCUCGAUUUUUGCCGGCUGUGGUCGCCAUGUUCUUCUUCCUUCAGAUCCUUUUCUUGGUCAACAUGUCCUAUCUUUAUGCAACGCAGUUCCGAAGUACAACCCGUUAUCAUAAUUUCAAUUUGCUUUACGUUGACUAUGAUGGUGGUAUCAUCGGAAAGUCACUGUCAGAUGCCUACCGGCAGCUACAAGGAGAUGGGUUCCCAACCGUGCUGUCGGGACCUUCGAAUGAAUAUCCCCAAGUAGAGGAUAUUCGAGAAGCCGUCUGCCGCGGUGACUACUGGGGCGCUAUUUAUACCACCGAGGGUGGAUCAGCUGCCCUGGCAUCGGCACUGGAAAAUGGUUCCAGCCCGCCGACCUCGCUCACGUAUAUCUGGAACGGAGUGAGAUACCCAGUGUUCUCACAAGGCGCAGUCUACUCCAACUUCUUAAAAUUGAUUGAAGUCACACGGUCGACAUACUACGCCAAUAAUGGAUCUUCCGUGGCUGCCUCCGCCAACCUCUCUAAUCCAGCCACUCUCAAAACAUUCCUCGACCCGAUACACGUGGAAGAAAUCAACAUCAAGGGCACGGAACAAGGCGCAAAAGUCUUCUACAACACAGUAUCCAUGGUGAUGCCAAUCAUCCAACAGUUCUUUUUCGUGUUAACCCUAAACGGGAUAUCAACCAGUUUCGGCGCAUUCACCAAACUAUCCUGGAAAGCCAACGGCCUGAUUCGCGGGGUAGCCUCUACGCUCUACACCUUCACCGGAUCCCUGGUAAUGACCGGGUACAUCUGGGCGUUCAGAGAGACGUGGGGACAGCGCGGAAGCCGGUUUGUGCUGACAUGGUUUAUUCUAUGGCUUCUGAUGCACAUAAACUUCCUAUUAUUCGACAUCGCAACUGCUUUCAUCCCAAUUCAGUUCAUGCCCUUCCUUGUUCUGACAUGGGUUAUUCUCAAUGUCGCCAGCACUCUCAGCCCAUUUGAGCUAAGCCCGGGUUUCUUCCGCUGGGGCUACGCACUCCCCUCCCAUGAGGCAUACGAAGUCCUGAUUCAGAUCUGGUCGGGUGGGUGCAAUAACCGGCUCUACCGUGCACUUCCUAUUAUGUUCUCGUGGUGGGUUGUUGGUAUCACCAUUGCAGUGUAUGCGAUGCAGCAUCGUUGUAAAACUGCUGUCGCUGCUCAGGAAGCUUUGGAUCGGGCUCAGUCUGAUGCUAAACAUGUCAUGACGAGCAAGACAGUUACACCUGUCGGUGACUCACAGCGCGAAAUUGGGCAAGAUGGGGACUCGGCUGAGGAUAUUCCUCUUCGUCGGGUUGCCUAG